AUCCGAUUUGCUACUAAUGAACUAAUGGCUUACUAAUUAAAAGUGUUACCCGCUUUUGAGCAUUUGUAUGGAUUAGCCUUCCAUAAAACUACAACUAAUUAAGUGUAGUGGGUUUCUGGAGCUUUUUGUCCCCUGGAAUGAAUGCCCUGAGCUGUAUUUCUCUGCUCUGCUGCAGUGCCCGACUGCGCAGCUGCAGCGAGAGCGAGAGCCGCAGCGACAGCACAGCUCAGACAAAAUGCCUGUGGAUAAUUUAAUAUUCGCGCAAUGCAUCCUUUAUUUUUUAGCCUUCGUCUUUGGCUUUAUAGCUAUAGUACCUCUGUCGGAGAACACGGAGGAUUUUCGCGGGAAAUGUCUGCUUUUCACGCGGGGGAUGUGGCAGAACGAGAACAUCACGGUGUCUAAGCAGCGCUUCAUCAUUGAGGAAUGGGGACCACAGACCUCCUGCAGCUUCAUCACCGCCGUCGGCAUCGCGUCGCUCAUCCUGUCCGCCGUACAAGCCUGGAGGCUGCUGCUCUUCAUCUGCAAAGGCCACGAUGACUCAAUCUUCAAUGCCUUCCUGAACCUGCUCAUCAGCACAUUCGUAGUGUUUGCUGUGUUCCUGUCCAGCACAAUAGUCAGUGUGGGUUUCAAUCUAUGGUGUGAUGCUAUCACAGAAGGAGGCAGUAUGCCCAGCAGCUGUGAGGAUCUUCAGGACACUGAUCUUGAACUAGGGUUGGACAACUCUGCUUUUUAUGACCAGUUUGCCAUAGCACAGUUUGGGUUGUGGGCGGCCUGGCUGACUUGGCUCGGUAUCACCGUCAUGGCCUUUCUGAAGGUCUAUCAUAACUACCGUCAAGAGGAUCUGGUCGACAGCUUGAUCCACGAGAAAGAGUUGCUACUCGGACGCUCGUCACGCUGGCACUCUGAUGUGGUAGAUGAGAAAAGUGGCAUGAUAUGAUCAACUCAACAUUUUCAACGCAUUGAGAUAUACUGUCAAGUAAAAUGUGUUCAUAAGCUUCAAAAUUUGGAUCAUUAGGUGGUGUUUCUCAACUUUAGAUUGACCUCAGCUGAGCUUAACUGAACCAAAUGCUUCUGAAUAACAUUUUUUUUGACAAUCGACAAUGACUGAGACAUAGACAUUCACGUGCACUCAAUUGUUCGGACAGAGGUCAUAGAUCAUUUACUCGCAACAUUUUUUGAUGUUGAGCUUGAAACACAAGACCCUGGACAAAAUAAACAGUGAACAUCAAUAACUUAGUUUAAGAAAAUUUUAAUUCUUUUACUACUUCAUGUUGUCCCAAACCUGUAAGACUUUCAUUCAUCUUCAAAACACAAAAUUAAGAUAUUUUCAAAGAAACCAGUGAGAUUUCCAUGGAAGCCCAUUUCCACUACAGAAUCAAAAAAUUAUGAAUAAAAAGGUCAUUGCGACUUUUUUAGAUCACAAUUCAGAAUUGCGAGUUUAAAUAUAGCAAUUGCGAGUUUAUGUCUCACAAUUAUGAGUUCAUAUCUCGCAAUUUUGAGUUUACACCUUAUAAUUCCGACUUUUUUCUCAGAAUUGCGACAUUAUUUCUUGCAGUUCCGAGUUUAUAGGCUUUCUUGCAACUUUGACUUAAUUUCUCGCAAUUCUGAGUUUGUAUCUUGCAAUUCAAACUUUUUUUUCAGAAUCGCAAGAUUUAAAGUUUUUGAACAGAAAUUAUGAGAUACAAAGUUGCAAUUUGCGAAAAAUGUCGCUGUUUUUCCCCCCAAGCUUCUUUAGAUUUCUGUCCCUUCAAUGAAAGUCAAUUUCACAAUAGCUUUAAAAAGUUCAUAACAUUGUAAAUAAUCCAUAUGAAUUGAGGAAUUUAAUCCACGUCUUCUAAAGAGACAUAUUAACUUCCUAUGUGAAUUAAAGUUUAAAUAUAGCAAUUGUGAGUUUACAUCUCACAAUUCAGAGUUCAUAUCUCGUAAUUUUGAGUUACACCUCGUAAUUCUGAUUUUUUUCUCCGAAUUGCGACAUUAUUUUUUGCAGUUCUGAGUUUAUAGGCUUUCUUGCAACUUUGACUUAAUUUCUCGCAAUUCUUAGUUUGUAUCUUGCAAUUCAAACGUUUUCAGAAUCGCAAGAUGUAAACGUGCAAUUGCGAGUUUUUGAACAGAAAUUCUGAGAUACAAAGUUGCAAUUCGCCAAAAAUUUAGAUUUCUGUCCCUUCAAUGAAAGUCAAUUCCACAAUAGCUUUAAAAAGUUCAUAACAUUGUAAAUAAUCCAUAUGAAUAGAGCAAUUUAAUCCACGUCUUCUGAAGAGACAUGGUAACUUCAUAUGUCAAUUAAUAUAGACAUUGAUCAAUGCACAUACACAGAGGAGCACAUUAAAUAUUGUCAACAAACUUCGUUGGUUCUCGUGCAUCAAGCAAGCAUAUCUGAGCGUCUUUUUUCACCAUAUGAACUUUUUAAAGCAGAGUUUGGUGGAAUGAACUUUCCUUGGAGGGAUGGAAAUGUCUCAGGUUUAUUAAAAAAUACCUUCAUUUGUGUUUCACAAUGACAAAUUUGAAAAAUAAUUUAUGAAAGAAUUUUCAAUUUUGGACAAACUAUGCCUUUAAUGAAGUGUGCAUAAAUAAUGUUUCUUCUAAAUCCUGUGUGACAUACAAUCAACUUCUUAUUGCCAAUUAUGUUUUUACUCAACCAAAUGAUUCUUUCCUUCUAAAGCCUAUUUAAAGCAGCGCUAGAAAUGAGCAACAGCUUCCAGUCAGUUUCUAUUCCAUCAGUGCUCUAUACAUUAGCUGAGGAGUUGGAAUUAGUACAUACAUUGUAGCUCAGGUAAUACUAGUUUUAAACACUAUUUGAAGUGUGUGUGAUCCAUGUCUGGUUUUCUUUACUGAAAGACCACUCCCUUCCAGUACUGCCUCUAUGUGUAAGACAUAUAUAAUGAUGUUUAGACUGUGGUAGUAUCCUUCCUAUGUAAAGGGAUUGCUCUUGAAAACAUGCUUGCAUGUACAUACAUAUGACAGUCUAUUAAUUAAUUCAGACAGACGAAGAGGAAAUCUAGGCUCUAUAAAAAUAUUGAAGUGACUAAUCUUCAGUCUUCAGGAUUUAACAUCAUAAUUUGAUGAGAUAUGUGAUAUUUGGAGGGAUAAUUUAAUGAUUUGCUCCAUCCAGUUUACUUGCUUUCCUAGAAUCACCUACAACGUUUGUCAUAGUUCACUAUAUCUUGAAAUAUUGUUGCGCAUGUUGCAAUAAAAUUUGAUGUAUGCCUUUUUGGUUC